AUGAUGGUCUUCCAGGCAUCAACAACAACGCCUUUGUACCUAUCGGGGUGGCAACCGAUCAGCCCGGGCCAGUACGCGGGGACCUGCAUCUUCCUCAUCGUCCUCGGCACCUUUACCCGCAUCAUGCUGGCCCUCAAGUCGGUCGUCGAGACCAGGCGGUGGCGACCCGCCUCGUAUGCAAAGGCGACGUCGGCAGAACACCACCAGGUCCGGAAGGCCGGCGUUUCCUGGCUGGCGACGGUGGAGAGGGCGCUCUACGACGUCUUGGUGGCUGCGCUGGGUUAUUUGCUUAUGCUCGCAGUCAUGACGAUGAACAUUGGCUACUGCAUAUCUGUCCUCGGCGGCGUCUUUUUCGGCUCUUUGGCGGCCGGCGUAUGGUCCAGUGAGCAGGAUGGAGACUGGCUACCAUGCUGAUUGAAGCAGAAUAAGCAAAGAGAUGGGCAGUGUAGUGAUUUUCUUACGGGAAACAAGCGAUAAAAAAGAAUUGUUGGGUUGCAUUUUCUUUUCUUUGGGCGAAUAGCGGUCGGCAUCUUUGGCAUAUUAUACCAAUGCUUGUACAUAUUUAUUAAUUACUUGUUUUCUUUUUCUUCUCUUUUCCAAUACGG